AUGUUUUGGACCUUAUGUCUGCGCUCUAGACACCUCAGGUCUCAGAACGCCCUGUCUCAGACCUGCUACCCUCCUUGGUACCUGACAGAGAAAGAGCUGGACCAGACCCUGUCUCAGACCUGCUACCCUCCUUGGUACCUGACAGAGAAACAGCUGGACCAGACCCUGUCUCAGACCUGCUACCCUCCUUGGUACCUGACAGAGAAACAGCUGGACCAGACCCUGUCUCAGACCUGCUACCCUCCUUGGUACCUGACAGAGAAAGAGCUGGACCAGACCCUGUCUCAGACCUGCUACCCUCCUUGGUACCUGACAGAGAAACAGCUGGACCAGACCCUGUCUCAGACCUGCUACCCUCCUUGGUACCUGACAGAGAAACAGCUGGACCAGACCCUGUCUCAGACCUGCUACCCUCCUUGGUACCUGACAGAGAAAGAGCUGGACCAAGAAACAGCUGGAUCAGACCCUGUCUCAGACCUGCUGCCCUCCUUGGUACCUGACAGAGAAACAGCUGGACCAGACCCUGUCUCAGCCCUGCUGCCCUCCUUGGUACCUGACAGAGAAACAGCUGGACCAGACCCUGUCUCAGCCCUGCUACCCUCCUUGGUACCUGACAGAGAAACAGCUGGAUCAGACCCUGUCUCAGCCCUGCUGCCCUCCUUGGUACCUGACAGAGAAACAGCUGGACCAGACCCUGUCUCAGCCCUGCUACCCUCCUUGGUACCUGACAGAGAAACAGCUGGAUCAGACCCUGUCUCAGCCCUGCUACCCUCCUUGGUACCUGACAGAGAAACAGCUGGAUCACACCCUGUCUCAGCCCUGCUGCCCUCCUUGGUACCUGACAGAGAAACAGCUGGAUCAGACCCUGUCUCAGCCCUGCUACCCUCCUUGGUACCUGACAGAGAAACAGCUGGAUCAGACCCUGUCUCAGCCCUGCUGCCCUCCUUGGUACCUGACAGAGAAACAGCUGGACCAGACCCUGUCUCAGCCCUGCUACCCUCCUUGGUACCUGACAGAGAAACAGCUGGAUCAGACCCUGUCUCAGCCCUGCUGCCCUCCUUGGUACCUGACAGAGAAACAGCUGGACCAGACCCUGUCUCAGCCCUGCUACCCUCCUUGGUACCUGACAGAGAAACAGCUGGAUCAGACCCUGUCUCAGCCCUGCUGCCCUCCUUGGUACCUGACAGAGAAACAGCUGGACUAGUGCCUAUAGCAGCAGACCGCUUCAGGACCUGCCUCAAGGACCGGGUCAGGAUGGAGCCGGCGGUGGAGUCCCAGCAGGACCAGGGGACAGAGGGGAAUCUGGGGACAGGGUGCAGGCACAGAGAGAUGGCCCUGAAGUGGUUCAUGGAGACUCAAGCUCCUCUCAUCCUCCAUGAGGGAAAUUUCCCCUCCUGGUUCGAAGGAUUCAUCACCAGAAGAGAUGCGGAAGAGAUGCUGAGAGACAAAGAACUGGGCUGUUUCCUGAUCCGACUAAGUGACAAAGCCAUGGGAUACAUCCUGUCAUACAGAGGCCGUGAUCGAUGCAGACACUUUGUGAUCAACCAGAGUAAGUCAGGCCAGUUCAUAGUGUCUGGAGACACAGAGGAGCAUGAGACCCUGGGAGAACUGAUAGAACACUACAAGACCAGCCCCAUAGAGCCCUUCAGAGAGUACCUGACCUGUUCCUGUCUAGAGAUCUGA